AUGGAUAUCGAUGAUCUAAGCUCAUUAGAAUUGAAUAAUGAACAAUACAUACCACAAAAAAGACUACUAUCGUUUUUACUCAAAAAUAAAGAUUAUCCCAUACCCAAAGAUGAUGAAAGAAAAUUAUAUCCUGAAAAGAAUUCGAAUUAUAUAAUGAGGUUGUUCUUUUGGUGGUUAUAUCCCAUUAUGAACGUUGGUUAUACUAGAACUCUACAACCAAAUGAUCUAUGGAAAUUACCAGACUACAUGAAGGUUGAGAGUUAUGAAGAAGUUUUUAAUGUCUAUUUAGAUUUACAAAUGACAAAAGCUAAAUUGAAUCAUAUUAAACGGAAAUGUAAAGAGAGGAAUGAGACUAUCGAAUCAAGUAGUAAAACUCAAGAAGAAGAUUUACAAGAUUUUGUUUUAUCAAUGGUUGAUGUUGGUACGAUUAUAUUUUUAACAUUUAAAAGAUCAAUUAUUAUGAGUUGUAUCAUUGCUUGUUGUUGUAUGAGUGGUUGGGCAGUCACACCGUUAUUAACUAAAGCUUUGGUUAAUUAUGUCGAAAGAAGAAGUUUAGGAAUUGAACCAAAUAUUGGUAAAGGUAUAGGAUAUUCAUUUGGUGUUGCUUUAGUUAUGUUAGCUACUGGUUUAGCAUUUGGUCAUUUUUUUUAUAUUGCCCAAAAAGUUGGUGUGAAAGCAAAGAGCGUUUUAACAAAUGCUAUUUUAAAAAAAUCAUUUAAAUUAGAUGCAAAAGGUAGACAUGAUUUUCCAUCUGGUAAAUUAACAUCAAUGAUUACAACAGAUUUAUCAAGAAUUGAAAUUGCGUUAUUAUUUCAGCCUAUUUUAAUUGUUUUACCUGUUCCAAUUAUUGUUGCUAUUGUUAUUUUAAUUGUUAAUAUUCAUGUUUCUGCCGUUAUUGGUAUUGUUUUAUUUUUCAUAUUUUUAGUGUUUUUAGGUUUUGGAUCAAAGAAAUUGUUUGAUUAUAGAGAUAUUGUUUCGAAAAUAACUGAUAAAAGAGUAAGUUUGAUUAAAGAAAUUUUAAAUAAUUUGAAAAUGAUUAAAUAUUAUUCUUGGGAACAUCCUUAUCAAAAUAGUUUAGUCAAGGUUAGAGGUCAAGAAGUUGAUAUGAUUUUAAAGAUACAGACCUUGAGAAAUGUUAUAUUUUCAUUUGCUAUGACAUUAAGUGGUAUUUCAGCAAUGAUUGCAUUUAUUAUAUUGUAUGCUAUUAGAGGUAGAACUAGUUCACCAGCUAAUAUAUUUUCAUCAGUUUCAUCAUUUGAAAUUUUGGCAAUGUUGGUUUUCUUCAUUCCACAAGCAUUAUCUACAUCUGCUGAUAUGGUUUUAGGCUUUAAAAGAAUUGGUGCUUUAUUAUCAGCAAGUGAAGAACAACCAUAUGAAGGUUAUAAAGUUAAUGAUGAAUCAAUUGAAGGAGAUGCUGUUAAAAUAAAAAAUGCUACUUUCAGUUGGGACGUUUUUGAAGAUGAAUCUGAUGAAGAAGAAGAAAGUCCUGAAGAAAAGGAAAAUAAUAAAAAGUUAUCACGUAAAGAGAAGAAGAAAUUGAAGAAAGAGAAAAAGGAAAGAGAAGAGAAACGAAAAGAACGACAAUUAGAAAGAGAACAACGUGAAAAGCAAAUGAAAGAAUUAGGUGUUUCAGAAAAAGGUAAUUUUGUUGGAUUGAAUAAUAUUGAUUUGACCAUUAAGAAAGGUGAAUUUGUGGUGAUAACAGGUUUAGUUGGUACUGGUAAAUCAUCAUUAUUAAAUGCUAUAUCAGGAUUUAUGAAAUGUGAAUCAGGUGAAAUCGAUAUUAAUGGUUCUUUAUUAUUAUGUGGUGCUCCAUGGAUUCAAAAUAAUACAAUAAGAGAAAAUAUAAUAUUUGGUUUAGAUUUUGAUCAAAAAUUCUACGAUGAAAUUAUAAGAGCUUGUGCUUUACAUAUUGAUUUAGAUAAUCUUCAAGGUUCAGAUUUUACCGAAGUUGGUGAAAAGGGUAUAACAUUAUCUGGUGGUCAAAAGGCAAGAAUUAAUUUAGCUAGAGCUAUUUAUGCUAAUAAAGAUAUAAUAUUGAUGGAUGAUGUUUUGAGUGCUGUUGAUGCUAGGGUUGGUAAACAUAUUUUGAAUCAUUGUUUCUUAGGUUUAUUAAAAGAUAAAACUAGAAUAUUAGCUACUCAUCAAUUAGCUUUAAUUGGUCAAGCAGAUAGAAUAAUAUUUUUAAAUGGUGAUGGAUCUAUUGAUUCUGGUAAUAUGAAUGAUUUAUUAUUAAGAAAUGAAAAUUUUAAAAAGUUAAUGCAAUUUAGUAAAUUAGAAGAAACUGAAGAGGAACACGAUAUGGAAGUUGAAGAAAUCAUAGAUGAAAAAGCUUUAACAACUGAUUAUUCAAAUGAAAAGGUGAUAACAACUCAAUUUGACGAAGAAGAAAUUGACUAUAAUGUGAACAAAGAUGCAUCAAAAGGUAAAUUAAUCAAGGAAGAAGAAAGAGCAGUAAAUCGUAUUAAAAAUGAAGUUUACAAGAAUUAUGUUAAAUAUGGUGCUGGUAAAAUUACUCCAUGGGGGUUUGUUCCAAUUUUUUCAUUAUUAUUAGCUAUUGCAACAUUCUGUGAUAUUUUUACAAAUACAUGGUUAUCAUUUUGGAUUGGCCAUAAAUUCGAAGGAAGAAGUGAUGGCUUUUAUAUUGGUCUUUAUGUGAUGUUUAAUUGUUUAUGGGUGAUCUUUUUAACAAUCACCUUUGUUUACUUAAUCACAAUGACUACUAUCUCAUCAAAGAAUUUGAAUCUCAUGGCUAUGAAUAGAAUUUUAUAUGCACCAAUGUCAUUUAUGGAUACAACACCAAUGGGUAGAAUUAUUAAUAGAUUUACAAAAGAUACAGAUGCGUUAGAUAAUGAAAUCUCAGAAAAUAUGAGAUUUAUGUUUCAAGCUAUUGCUAAAAUGAUUGGUGUUUUUAUAUUAUUCAUCAUUUAUAUUCCUUGGGUUGCUAUAGCUAUACCAUUUGUUUUAUUUAUCUUUUUCUUAGUUGCAAAUUAUUAUCAAGCAUCAAAUAGAGAAGUUAAAAGAUUAGAAGCUAUAUUAAGAUCUCAUGUUUAUAAUAACGUUAAUGAAAUGUUGAAUGGUAUGAAUACAAUAAAAGCUUAUAAAAACGUUGAUCGUUUUGCUACAAUUAGUAAUAAAUUAUUAGAUCAAGCAAAUGAAGCAACAUUUGUUGUUUAUGCUAAUCAAAGAUGGAUUGGUAUUCAAUUAGAUAUAUUAGCUGAAUGUGUUGUUUUAUUGGUUGCUUUAUUAUGUUCAAUGAAAGUCUUUUCAAUUAGUCCAGCUUCAGUUGGUUUAUUAUUAACUUAUUCAUUGCAAAUGGCUGGUGAGUUAACAAAUUUAAUUAGAACAUUUACUGCUGUUGAAAAUGAUAUGAAUUCAGCUGAAAGAGUUAGUCAUUAUGCAUUAAGAUUAGAUCAAGAAGCUCCAUAUUUAGUUGAUUCAACUAAACCAAAAGAUUCUUGGCCAUCACAAGGUGUAAUCAAAUUUGAUAAUGUUAAAAUGAGUUAUAGACCUGAAUUACCAUUGGUUUUAAAAGGUUUAUCCUUUGAUGUUGCCUCAAACGAGAAAAUUGGUAUUUGUGGUAGAACAGGUGCGGGUAAAUCUUCAAUUAUGACUGCUCUAUAUAGAAUAGCUGAAUUAACAAGUGGUAAAAUAGUCAUUGAUGAUGUUGACAUUUCAGAGAUUGGUUUAAAAGAUUUAAGAUCAAAAUUGUCAAUAAUUCCACAAGAUCCAGUAUUGUUUAAUGGUACUAUACGAAGUAAUUUAGAUCCAUUUAAUGAACAUUCAGAUGAAGAAUUAUGGGGUUCAUUAAGAAGAUCAGGUAUAUUAACAAAGGAUGAAGUUGAAAAAGCUAAACAUAUGACUAAAAAAGAUUCAAAGAAUGUUGAUAAUGAAAAAGAUCAAGAACAAUUGAAUAAAUUUCAUUUAGAUCAAACUGUUGAAAACGAAGGGGAGAAUUUUUCAUUAGGUGAACGUCAAUUGAUCUCAUUUGCUCGUGCAUUAGUUCGUGAAUCAAAAAUUUUAAUAUUGGAUGAAGCAACAAGUUCAGUUGAUUAUGAAACAGAUUCAAAAAUUCAAACUACAAUUGCAAAAGAAUUUUCAAACUGUACAAUCUUAUGUAUAGCUCAUAGAUUGAAGACUAUUAUAAAUUAUGAUAAGAUUUUAUUAUUAGAUAAAGGUGAGGUUAAGGAAUUUGAUAAACCAUGGAAUUUAUUUAAAAAUAAAGAUUCUGUAUUUAGGGAAAUGUGUGAUAAAUCAAAUAUUGUAGCUGAAGAUUUUGGUCAACCAUAA